UGGACGACGAUGACGCUACGCACUCGGGUUCCCAUAUGGGCCAAGCGGCCAGUGGAUCCGAGUUGGCCAGCGGAUGCUUCGCUCACCAGUUCCACCCCUGCGAUCACCCGGGCAGUCGCUUCACUGGAUGUCGCUGUCGAGGCCAAUGCAACACGCGUCUCUGUCCGUGCAUGCUGGCAGUCCGUGAGUGUGAUCCGGAUCUCUGUCUUUCAUGUGGAGCCGGGAUCCCGGGCCAACCCCUUUUGCCAUCGGAUCCCGAGAAGAAGUCCUGCACUGAUGUGGCUGGCAACUCAAACAGCGCUGAUACGAAUACUCCCGGUCGAUUGCCGAUUGCACCGGGCACCACUUGCCGCAAUGUAGCAAUUCAGCGCG